AUGGACAGCCAAGAAAGUUACCUCAAAAUACAACAGGACCUUGAUCAGGUAGUAGAGGUUGCAGACAAUGAAUCAAAAAGAAAGCGAAAGGUAGCAGAAAUCUUCCAAGCCUUAAACAGCUCUCCUGUGGAUGUAGCUGCAUUGAGGAGAAUGGCAAUCAGUGAAGGUGGUCUUCUGACAGAUGAAAUUCGUUGCAAAGUGUGGCCAAAGCUACUUAAUAUAAACACACAUGAACUACCAUCCAAACCAGGACCAGAACUCCGACAGAACAAUAAAGACUAUCAGCAGGUGUUACUGGAUGUCCAGCGAUCGUUGCGACGCUUUCCACCUGGGAUGCCAGAUGCAAAGCGAAAAGAACUUCAAGAAGAGUUGAUCGAUAGCAUUCUGGAGGUACUGAAGAAAAACCCCCAGCUUCACUAUUACCAAGGUUACCAUGACAUAGUGGUCACCUUCCUUCUGGUUGUAGGUGAGCGAAUGGCAACAGCUCUAGUGGAAAAGCUCUCCACACAUCAUCUCAGGGAUUUUAUGGACCCAACAAUGGACAACACAAAACACAUUUUAAAUUACCUUAUGCCAAUAAUAGAGAAAGUAAAUCCAGAAGUACAUGACUUCAUGCAAAGAGCGGACGUUGGUACUAUCUUCGCUUUGAGUUGGCUCAUAACUUGGUUUGGUCACGUGCUUUCAGACUUCCGGCAUGUGGUUCGGUUAUAUGACUUCUUCCUGGCAUGUCAUCCACUAAUGCCUAUUUAUUUUGCUGCCGUGAUUGUGCUGUACCGGGGAAAUGAGGUCCUGGAGAGUGAAUGUGACAUGGCUGCUGUUCACCAUCUGCUUUCCCAGAUCCCACAGGAUUUGCCAUAUGAGACCCUAAUAAGCCGUGCUGGAGACCUUUUUGUCCAGUUUCCUCCAUCUGAGCUUUCCAGGGAGGUUGCCCAGAAAGAGAGCACCGCUGUCUCAACUUUCAAGGAUUUUGAACUGGUGUCAGCCCAGCAGCGUCCUGAUGCAGUACUCCGGAGGAGGUUCAGAGAACGGCUCCAACAAGAACCAAGAGCAAGAACGAUUGUGGCAAUAACGGGGACCAGGAGGUUGAUAAAACUGGCAGUGAUGGGGCUGACUGUGGCCUUGGGGGCAGCAGCCUAUGCAGUGGUCAAUACUGCGCUGGAGUGGGCACCAAAGUUUGAACUACAACUGUUUCCUUGAAGGAAGAACAUUUUUAGCCACUUUACAAAUCACCAACUACAUAAUGGGGCUGGGGCACAGUACUUUUCUUUGUCAUUGUCUUUUAUUUUUAAUUUAAAAUGUGUCAUUAAAGACUGCAAGCUGGAUAGUGUAUAUACUCCGUUAAAGGUAAGAUUGGGUUGAGCACAAGUUUUUUUGACUGCUAUUUUGUGAAUUAUUAGCACCAAACAAAGCUACAAUAUAUUGCAGAAUGUCCAUUUUGUUAUCAGUUUUCAAAACAAAAGCCUAGGGAAAUGACCAAUUUAGAAAUAUGUUGAGUUCCCACAUGAUCAGUUGCCAACCUCACCUAUAUAUCUAGGCAAGAAGUGAAUGUAUUUUGAUUGAAAAAUUGGGAAGGUCAACUGGCCAAAGUUUUAGUUUCCUAGAAAGGUCAUCACAGAGCUAUUUGGGGCUUGGCAGAAUUAACUUGUCUGCUCUCUCAAAUAGAAAAUUCAUGCUGAACCAAUUAAACAGUCUAUUUCAUUUGUGAUAGUUGGCAAUAUUGUCCUGUUGGUUUUUUUUAACCUAAUUUUGGGACGGUUGUGUUGUUAUACAGCUUGCUGAACCCUCCUUUUCUAGAAGAUCAGGCCCUAAUCCCAGUUAAAUGACAGCAGACAAAGCUCCAUCUCCAGGGUUGAUGAAAACAUAAGGUUAGAUAUUCUCCUUGCAUAAUUGGCAAGGGAUCAUGUGGUGGUAAAUAUGGCUGAUUUCAUUCCCGAUUUCCAUGAAUUAGCUAAUUCCAGUUAGACUGACAGCAGUGGAGUAGUACUGUUAGCUACUUGAGAAUCUGGACUGCAGUUCCUGCUGCACAACACUGUGCAAUGAUGACUGCUGAAAAAUGUGGCGUUGAAAUUGGAAAGAAUCAGGCUUAGCUGAGCUACCUUCUCUUACUUGAAUGGAAUACUAACAUUCACCAAUUAAUAAAGAAUGAUCACUUUGGUUAUUGCCUCUGUGUUGCACUGCAGCAAGAACCAACAUCUUGCAAAAUAGUUUAUUUUAUUUUAAGUAGCUUAUCCCUUUGUAGAAUCAAAUCACAGAAUGAGAGCUCCAAUCUGAAACUUAGCUCCACCAUUUUGAAGUGUAGCAAAUAGAAGUAUUUUCGUCCAAUCGGGGAGCAGUGCAAGGUUUUGGGUUUCAGCCAUUGUAUGGACAAGACCUCCUCAACAAAAAUGACACAUGUACAGGCUGAUAGGCCAAGUGUUUUAUUAAUGCACUUUAGCUACAAACAGCUUAUCAGAAAUGUUUUAACUUGUUAUAUAUUGCAUCCUUAAUAUUGGUGUGUCAAUCACACUAACCUCAGUACAAGGCUUCUUACUUUGUAAAGCUAACCCUUCUCAGGCUAUACGGCUUGAGACUCUGGUAUGAAGAAAUAAUAUCUUGAUGUACUGUUAGCCUUGAUAUGCAAUACACAAAUCUUUAAACUUGAUGCCUGUUUUUCUCGGUUACAAGAUUUAUUUAUAGUCUUGUAAAGCACCCAAUAACUAGUAGAACUGACAUUUGUGCUUUGUUACUUUUUUAAUUCCUUUUCGUGUUUUCUUCCUGCUCUUCCCAUCGCUGCACAUAUGGCACCUUUUGAUGGGAGCCUCAGAGAUGUGGAUCUUGACGUUCUCAUUAGGAGCGAGUGACUGUGUUAUGAGUUGCUUUUUCCUUCAAAUGCUGGUCAUUCCUGAGUUCCUUGACCAAGAAGGGCAGCUGGGAGGAACCUGUUUGCUGUUAUUCGAUGAAUAAAUGAGAAACCAGUAAGCCAUGAUGCUAGUGUAACUUUUACAUUGGUAGCCCUCUCUUUCUGGUCCUUGAUUUCGCAAUGGAGAGCAAAAUUCACGGUUAAUAAUUUAGUACAAUGUUUUGUUGGGUCAGUGUUCACUUGGUUUCCAGAUGUAUUCUGAAUUGGAUUACUGUUGUAAUUAAUUAUUGUUUUGGAUUGUGAUUAGUCUACGCCAAUUCAAGAAAAGAUUGCCACUACUGAAGAAUUUCUUAACUGUGUUUAAAUUGUAAAUUUUCCAAAUAGAAAAGGCCACUAGGUGAAUAGGUGUGUCCCUUUUUUACAUAAAUCAAUCAGUUGACUUAAGCUCUUGAUCCCUUCACCCUGAUGGUUAAAUCAAUUUCUCUCACUCGCACCCUCGCCCACCCUUGUGGUAUGCUCUCGCUCUCGUGCUCUCGUGCUCUCGCUUCCCCCCCCAUCCCACAUGCCUGCGCUCCCCCUGCACUCUCUGAUUUUUGGAACUGCUUUGUACCAAAAUAGAUACAUAGUACCUCAGGAUGUUUAAUUUUUGACCAUAUCUAAUGAAGCAAUCCAAUGUGACAGUUUAGUUAACAGUAGUAUUGUAGGCUAGGGUAUAAUGAACUUCUUUGGUUGCGAAAACAAAUUGCAAGAGAAACUCAGUAGGUUUGGCAGCAUCUGUGAAGAGCGACCUGAGUUAACCUUCUGGGUUUAAACAUUAACUUGGCUUUCUCUUCACAUAUGUUGCCAGACCUGCCGAGUUUCUCCAGGAAUGUGUGUUUUUGUUUUAGAUUUCCAGAAUCUGCUGUCUUUUUUUUUCUUUCUUUUUGUUGUGUUCUUUAAUGGAUUACUAUUUUCUGAAAACGUAAUGUCAUCUUCUAAAUCUCCAGUUAUCUCUUAAAUCUGAUGUCAUUUCUCACAGAAUCAAAUAUUAAACUGCUUCCACAGUUAGCUAUUUGCAUUGAAAUAAAGGUGAUUUCAGUCCCAAUAAGUGCUGGGUGAGCAGAUUCCUGCCAGCCCAAUGGAAACCAUUCUCCCUCCUUGACAUUGAAUAACCUUCAAUGGAAUGUAAAUGUCAGCAUUUGUUGAAGAUUGUACACACUUUGAUUGCGAUGCUCUGAUACCUAAACGCUUUGUAAACAUUCAUUGUAAAAAGAUUAUACUGGGAUGGCAGGCAUGAAUUUUGAAUGGUGCUGAUGUAAUUGUGUCCAAGCGAGGAAUCUGCCUCUGAGGGCAGAGAUGCAAGUUAUUCAGAAAAAAGGAGGUAUUGUCAUCCCUCAGCUUGUUAAUUUUAUGUCUUUCUAAAACACUGAAAAUAUUAAGAAACAAAUUAAACCAGCAUAUGUUCACAUUCUAGACUAUAAGGUGAUGCUCAAAAGAAUUAACUGAAUUCAUAACUGUGCACUUCUGAAAUGUUUGUGUAUUUAGUUGUAAGAAUAGUCCACUUGUCAUGAAAUUGUUUAUAUUAUCACUUACCACAUCAAAAUAUCAUUUUGCACUUCAAAACUAAAGUCUAGUACUUUCUUAGGCCUUGGAACAGACAUUCUGCACCAGUGACAUCCACUAUGGAAUCAUUUUUGUGGCUAUUGUAAGCAACGGUGACAAAAGAACAACAGUCAGGGGAUCUCUGUAUGAUUCAGUGGAGUGGUCAAACAGAUUUCAUGGUUCAUUAUCUCAUUGUCAACAAUGCAGCACUUACUCUGGAGUAUUAAUCCUAAUUGUUAGUUAAAAUCUUGCUGUGGCAUUCGACCCAGAAUCUCUCAUUUUCUUCUUAACCUGUUCAGAAAUAUUAUGACACACCUCUGGAGCAGGUGGGACUUGAUCCCAGUUCUCCUGGCCCGGAGGUGUGGACACUGCCACUGUACCACAGGAACCUCUUCCCCAGAUCCUCUUUCGUCAGAAUUUAAGAGCUACAGCAACAUUUUCUGAGGUAUGAAAGGAAGGACAGUGGUUAGGAGAGGAUUUGGUGGCAACUGGAUUGUGCUUUAUAGAGCCAUAGAAUUGUGCAGAUAACUGCAAGAUAUUUUUACUCCUGACUUUUUUUUAAAUUGUGGUAAUGUAUCUUUAUUUUUUUUAAUAAAUAUUUUUAUUUAACAGUG